AGAGUUUCGAGGAUGUCUCAGGCGAAACGGCCCGGACCACCUCUCGCACGGCACCUCGGGGCUCAGAGUUUCGAGGAUGUCUGCAAGCUGGUUGCAAAGUCCUCGUCGGGCCCUCGCCGCCCUGCCCGCGCCACGCCGCGUCGGGAUGGCCUCCAGCCUCGUGCUCGUCGCUCUCGCCAGCGGCUGCCUGUCAGCAGCUCUUGCGGGCCAGUUCACUCCUCACGCGUUGGACUUCAUCGUGCUGGAGGGCGAUCCGCUGAUGGCCCAGAUCGAAGACGAUAUCGUGGCGGACCUCGCGAAGGUGGGCGUGACUGUGACCACCAGGUUCCUGCCCAAAGAGGAGUUCAAUGCGGCAAUGCAGGCGGGAGAGUUUAACUUGUGCUUCACCGAGUCUUGGGGCCCGCCCUACGACCCGCAGAGCUUUGCCACUGGCUGGUUCAGGCCCGGGAACGAGGCACACUACCCCGCCAUGCAAAAGAUGGAGCCCCCUAUGACGUUUACUCAGAUGGAGACGCUGGUCACAAACGUGCUCUCCGUUGAGAACGCCAUGGUGCGGCAGGAGAAGUGGACCGAGAUCCUGCUUGAGAUGCACCGGCAGGCCAUCUCCGCCCCGUUGUGGUCGCGCCGCGUUCCGGCCAUUUGGAACAGGCGGUUACAGGGCUACAUCUCUGGCAACCAGCAGUACGACUACCCGAUGCACAACUUCGUAGUUGACUCCGGUCGUAUGUCCAUGUGCGUCCCAUCCGGCUCCAACUCGGUCACGGUGGCUCCUGGCGCACAGACGGGCCUCUUCGUGACCACGGGCCCCAUGGACCCGCACAGCUACCGCCCAAACGAGUUUUUUUAUCAGCAACUGGAUCUACGAGGGCCUCGUAUCUUACGGCGACAACGGUGUCAUCGAACCUCAGCUGGCUACCGCAUGGGAGGUCUCAGACACCAACUCGGGAGGCCAAAAGUAUCGCUUCACGCUCAGGACCGGCGUCAAGUUCCAUGACGGUACCAGCUUCGAUUGCGCAGCUGUGAAGAUGAAUUUCGAUCACGUCUUGCAGCCACCGUUGAACCACAAUUGGUACCACGGUUGGUAUCACUUGGCGCUCCACACCACUGGUUGGGAGUGCGAUGACGAGGUCUUCGAGAUCACGCUGGACGCCCCAUACUACCCUUUUUUGCAGGAGCUCUCCCUCAUUCGCCCCCUGCGCAUCCUGUCCCCAGAGAGCUUCUUCAAUGGGCCGACCACCGACCCGAUCACGCACAACUCGUGUCCCGAGAAGUGGGGCCACGUCAACGGCGACGGCGGCAUGGCAAGUGUGGGCGUGGACGCGAGCGUGACCGUGAACUGUGUCGGCGUGAGGAGCUUCGCGGGCACUGGCCCUUGGGUCUACGACAGUACGACCACGCGCACCGACGGCUCGAUCCAGGAAGUGGUCUUCUCCAGGAACGCGGCCUGGUGGGGCCAGCACGGCGGCGUGGAGGAGCUGCGCGUGGUGAACUACAACACGAGCGAGUUGAUCAAGCAGGCACUGAUCGACGGGAGCCUGGACGUGGCGGUGGGCGACAAGGUGCUGACCCCACAGCAGGUGCAGGAAUUUCAGAACGAUCACUCCGAGACCCACGCCACAAUCAUGGGCCCACGCUUGUUCAACCAGAUCGUCGUCAUGAACGCAGCGAAGGCGCCCACAGACGACAUCGAGGUGCGGAGGCUGAUCAUGCACUCCGUCGACAAGGCCGCCAUCGUGCAGAAGGAGAUGUACGGGCAGGCCGCCGUCGCCGACUCGUUGUUCCCUCGCGACGCCCCUUAUUGCGACAUCGACCUCACGCCUCGCUGGGACUACGACUUCGAGAAGGCCACGCUGAUGAACUGCCCCGACAUUCUGGUGUCAGACGAGGACGAGGUCGACGAGGGUCUGGUCCUAGGCCUGUCGCUGGGCAUCGGGCUCCCUGUGCUUGCUGGCAUCGCUGGCGUUGUGUGUUUCUUUCUGGGAAAGAGCAUGGGCUACAAGAAGUUCACCGAGGAGAAUGAUCAGCGGGUUAGGGCGGGCCCGCCAGCCGUACUCGGUGUGGCCGAAGAAAGCGGUAACACUGUUGAGGCUGACAUGUAGGGAACGGUUGCAUCGAUUGCCAUGUCACAAGACCAGGCCCAAAGAGCAGAGCGCAGGCAUGAUCUUGACAUGUUUGAGAGUGGGUUGCCUUUCCACGCAGCGUUUGCGCGCAAUUUUUUGUCAUGCUUAAAAUAUCGCCAAUCCUGGCGGUUUUGUUGAGGGGUGUUGUUGUAUAACAUUUUCGUUUGUACAUGAGCGCAUCUCUCUUCAGUGAUGAGGGGAUGCGAUACAUGUCAGCAGUGGGCACACCGUAACACUGCCGACCAAACGCAGUUUUGGCCGCUGGUGUCGAUUGUACAGAAUCGGCUGCACGGAGUUUGGCUGGAAGCCAUUGCAACGAGGCGGUGAGUAUUUGUCGAACCUCUUUGGCCGCUUGCGGGCGAAUUUUGUCUGAUGUGUCCCAGUGUUGAGCGAGGCCGCGUGGGGCACCUCGAGUUUCUUGACGUCGCUCGCGGCUUGCGACAAAAAAGAAAGAGUUUCGAGGAUGUCUCAAGCGAAACGGCCCGGACCACCUCUCGCGCGGCGUCCCGG